AUGAGUAACCUUUCCAGCAGAGUCAUGAACAUGAAGUUCAUGCAAAAAGGCGGUACAGAGACAAAGGAAGAAGAAACUGUGAAAAACGUCAGAGACUCUUCAGAAUGGGCUCUCCCAAGCUCGUCCAACAUAAUAUCCAAAUCCAGGAAGAGCAAUGCAGUGGAGACUAUAGGGUAUACAAGUAUAAAUGCAUACAAUAGUGAAGAUAUCUCACAAGCUAGUGCUUCAGCACCGUCCGUUAGAAGAGUAUGGGGCACGCCUAAAGUCAGCGAUGCGGAUAGCGAGAGUGGAAAAGAAGAAUUGAAAAUUCUGAAACUAAAAGAUUCAAUUGAUAAAAAGACUAAGAAAUCUAGCCAGUCUGAAGACGCCCCAAAGGAAUUUUUGAGAAAUUUAUGGGACAAGCUGCAGCAGUAUAGUGAGGAACAGGUGAAUGAAGAGGAAGUUGAACUUUCUAAGAAACGAAAAGGAGACUACAUACCAAAUAUUAAAUUUAAGCAAAAGAGACUUCCCAACUAG